AGCAUGAAGUGUGUUGCUAUGAUACGAAAACUCGCGGACUAACUUACCAUGGAGUACUGUGGCGUCACCUUAGAAACGAGGUGACGUCACGUGGAUAACACGUGACAUAUGAUGACGUCAGAGAGUCGGGGCAGGAGCCGGAAACACAAACUGUUUGGUGACACUCAGGAUAUCACCUCUGAUGGUACCUGCUCCAAUAGAGCCUGCAACUCUUGGGAGGAAUCUGACGAUAUUAACUCCUACUUCUGCCACCAACUCUCAACCUUAUCAAUACCCAAAAGUGCAGAACAUCCGCCCAGAAAGAAGCUAAAACGGCGCAAGAACCGUAAAGUAAAGAGAACGCGAGUCAACAGACCUACAGUCCACAUAUCAGAGAGUUCGGACGUAACGCCUACAAGCCCUGGCAGCUCUCAAGUGAUCAGUGUAGCAAGUGAUGACACAGUCCAGGAGGCCAUGUCAGUGGGUGACGCUAGUAGUGAUAGCUCUCUCAGUCUCGGUCACAUUACCGACCUUGGAGGCACAGACGCUGACGAUGAACUGUCGUGUUGGGAGGGACCUUGUUUCCAUCGCUCCAGUGAAGACGAUAUGGAGAUGGCUGAUACUUCAGCAGGUCUCCAAGCUCGAAACAAGAAGCGAGUGGUUCGGAUUGACACAGAUCUCCAAACUGGAACAGUACCUGAGAUGAAGGGACCUCAAUCUCCUCUAAAAACACGACGAGAGAAGCUCAAGACACGACACAAAACCCAAGCGGCCCGAGAACACGGUGGUAGUUCCACAUCAAGUCCCUCCAUGACGGGUAUAGACAGUGCAAUGAAACGCAGAUAUAUUGGGAUGGAGUUUUCAAUAGGUGACGGUGCAGGUCCUAGCUCUGCCAUGCACAUAGGAGAUUGAUUCGUGCUGCACGUGCACGUAACUCUGCACGUGCUGUUAUUUGCGCGCAGAUCACUGAGAGCUUGCCCAAACCAAAGAUGAUGCAGAAAACCGAAGUUUCUAAAUAUUAUUUAGAGGUCAGAUAAGAGCGAUCUAGUGUAGGAACGUAAUAGCUUAAUAGAUAAUUAACUAAUGUCACUAAUAGCGUAUCAGUAUAAAGCGCACAACAAUUGAGAGUAAUAUAACAAAUGGUACAGCUACACGGACUAUACUGCUGCUGUAGUUAAUACACUCUUUACUUAGAGUUUACUUUGUACAAUGUACACUGUUUUGUUAUAGUCCCCCCGU